AUGACCUCACUCUUCCGUACUCCCCUCGUUGCCACCUUGCGUGUUGCUUCACACUCUCGCCCACUCCUCACUCCUCAAUUUCGCACUUUCCUAUCCUCAUCCCGUCCACUCCUUCGUCCAACAGUCAAAGCCUCCAAGCCAUUGAUCGCCUCACUCACUGCAAGGCGGUUCGCAUCAAACUACGGCAGCUCUACCGUCACACCACUCCAGCCAAUCUCCUGGACGCGCAUAGGCAGCACCGUCCUAUUAGUCGCAGGCGGUAUCAUCGCAACCAACUUCCUUCUGAAUCGCCACACCCGUGGGGCAUACAGCGAGGCCGAACGGAGUUUUCUCAACCAUACCUUCUGGUAUGUCGGCGGUGGGCUCACUCUCACCGCCGGUCUGGCACGAUACCUCCAUUCCACCGGCUUCUCCCUCCGUCUAAUGGCCGCAAACCCCUGGCUCGUGCUCGGUCUUGGCCUCGUCGGUAGCAUCGGGACCAUGAUGGGCACUCUCUGGACAAGCCCGGAUAACACCCUCCUCAAGCAUACCUUCUUUACCGCCUUCCAGGCAUGUCAGGCCGCCACUCUCAGCCCCAUCUUCUUCCUCUUCCCCCCGGCGAUCAUCGCCCGUGCCGCGCUCUACACCGUCGGCAUGGUCGCUGCACUCGCUUACAUUGGCGGAACGGCGAAGAACGACCAGUACCUGUAUAUGGGCGGCCCGCUCCUCGCUGGGCUGGUCAUUGUUGCUCUCUCUAGCUUGGCCCCUAUGGUUCUUCCAGCUACGGCCAUGCGCACGCUCGCUCUGACAGAGGCAGUCUCUCUCUACGGUGGUCUUGCUGUCUUUGGUGGAUUUGUUCUCUUUGAUACUCAGAAGAUCCUCGCCCAUGCUCGGCUUGCCGAGGCAGGCCGCAUCAAGCGUGAUCCCAUCGCCGAGUCCAUCUCGCUCGAGCUCGACUUUAUCAACAUCUUCAUCCGUAUGCUCCAGAUCCUCGGCAUGCAGCAAAGGAAGAAAUAACCUAGUCAGUGUUGGGGCACCUCCUCGUCGAGGACCGUGUUUCUUAUAUGAUGUAUCCAAGAGUAAUCAAUUCCCCAUGUUGAAUGCCACAAACAUUUAAU